AUGUCAAUAUUUGCCCUAGACGAAGAUAUAGGAAAGCUUACGGUCAAUGGUAGUUGCGCCAUCAUUGACAGCGAAGAUGACGGAUUCGACCAGGAAAUAUCGGGCGAUCUUUGGCAUAAAAACCUGUUAUCCAAUGACCCACGACCAGAAAGCUCAUCCUCUCAGCUUGCGGUGCCCUCCAUGUCCCCUUUGAACAUAUCUAGGGGCCGAAGACGGUCGUCUGUCUACGACAAGAUGUCGGUCGUCACCCCACCUAAUACCAGACGACUACAGAUGCCUCCAAGUGAGUACACCGGGCCAGAAUCGGUAUGCAGUCUCAGCACACUGAAAAAACACGGCCCGCGUGAUCUGGAGGAUUUCAGACCCAUCAGGGUCCUGGGGCGAGGUGCCUACGGUAAGGUCUUGCUUGUCAAAGAUUUUCACACGACGCGCUUGUAUGCUAUGAAGCAGCUGAAAAAGGCCGAAAUUCUCAUUCAUGAAGAACCCACGGUAUCCUCCACCCAAGAAGACGCACUAGAAAAACGGUUGGAGCGCACAUUUGCAGAAAAAACGAUCUUGUCGGAAUUGGAACAUCCACACAUCGUAAAGCUCUUUUACACGUUCCACGACCACCAUCGGCUCUACCUAAUUUUGCAGUUUAUUCCAGGAGGUGAGCUCUUCUAUCACUUGAAGGAACAAGGUGUACUGGAUGAAGACACAGUAGCAUUUUAUGCAGCUGAAAUUAGCUCUGCAAUCAAGUUUUUACAUCAAAAGGGAAUAGUGUACCGGGACUUAAAACCAGAAAACUGUCUUUUAGACGAAAGAGGUCACCUAGUGCUGACAGAUUUUGGACUUAGUAAGAAAAGCGCUGGAGAAGCUUCUCGCUCGGGUGAAACAUCACCAGAGGCUGGCGAACCAGUGGAAAAGCUUUUUUCGAUCAUUGGAACGCCAGAGUACUGUGCACCAGAAAUUUUGGAGGGCAAGCCAUACACGCAAAACUGUGACUGGUACUCGCUUGGAUGUUUAGUGUACGAUAUGCUCGCUGGUAAGCCACCGUACACGGGUGCAAAUCACAAAGUGAUUCUUAACAAAAUUCUCAAAGACAAAUCACCCAAAAUUCCAACGUUCUCUAGUGAGGGCAUGAAGGAUUUCCUGGGGUCCCUACUCAAAAAAGACGUUACGAAAAGGUGGGAUGUUGACAAGCUCUGGGCUGUUGACGGGCCCAAACCUAAGAAAAAGAAAGCAGGACAAGCAAAGACCACCAGCUUCCAGUCUCAUUUCGUCUUCCGUAAAAUCAACUGGUCGAAGCUAGAAAGUGGGGAGCUUCAGAAAACUACUAAUGGCCCAAUAAUGCCCAUUAUCACAGACUGGGAGUUGGCCGAAAAUUUUGACUCAGAGUUUACAGGCAUGCGGUUGGACAGCGCUGGUUGUAUUGAUAUUAAGCAGGAAAUUAAGCCUGAACAUGCACACCUGUUUCAAGGAUUUAGCUAUGUUGCGAGCAGUAGCUAUUUGGAGCGUCAUUUCUGA